UUACAUCUAUCAAUACCGUGUGUUGUACACCGAACAGCCGACGUUCUUUGUGCGCCAGUAACACGGUCGAAACGGCAUCCGUGUGACAUAGCUUGGGCAUUAGGAAAUCAAAUAACAAACGUUCGACGACUCGUGGCGUGCAUCUGCCAUAAUAAUAUACCUGUUAUUCUAUUCUAUUCUACGCCGUGAACUCGCCACUUGUCGUAAGGUUGGUUGCGAGCACACGUUGUACCUUGCAAACUCCUUUUGAAUCGGCUCAGAAAUGAUUUUUGUGACGGCCGACCGAACAAAAUUUCUCAAUUCCGUCCGGGCCAUUGCCUGCGGGUUGGUGGUGACUGUCGAAUAGUUGAGUUUUGUCUAUUAAUCUGUAGCUAUAGCCCGUGCUAUGGAAAACCCAACAAUCGUUGAAAUAAUAUUAUAAAGUUUUAAUUUUUCUUUAUUAUCUCUUCGAAAACCAUAUCGUCUUGACAGUAAUCAGCUGUACGAGUACCGCACGAAUUGCCAGCAGUAGCAACGACCAUGCAAGGAAAACUGCCCAUCAAACCUGAACCGACUGAUACACAAGCCAUAACACAACAUCCAAAAAUGAGAAAUGACGAUGGAUUCUCGAGAAAUACAAGUUUUUCUUCAAUUAAUUUGGACAUAUGCAGAAUAUGCCAUUGUGAAGGUGAUAUUGACACACCGUUAAUAGCUCCGUGUUAUUGUGCGGGUUCAUUGCGAUUUGUUCAUCAAGUAUGUCUACAGCAAUGGAUUAAAUCUUCAAAUAUUCGAUGUUGUGAACUAUGCAAAUUCCAAUUCAUUAUGCAAACCAAAACUAAACCAUUUAGUCAGUGGGAGCAUUUAGAAAUGUCUGGUAUGGAACGUAAGAAACUUGUUUGCGCCAUGUUGUUUCAUAUAAUUGCUAUGACUUGUGUAUGUUGGUCACUGUACGUGUUGAUGGAUCGCACUCUCGACGAAGUCGAACAAGGUUCGUUGGAAUGGCCAUUUUGGACAAAACUGAUUGUUGUAGGCAUUGGAUUUACCGGUGGAGUAGUUUUCAUGUAUAUACAAUGUAAAUCAUAUUUUAUGUUGUGUCAACGAUGGAAAGCUUACAACAGGGUAAUAUAUGUCCAAAAUGCACCGGAGAAACCUCAAAAACAUCAAAGUGUUCUUAUUGACGUUGCCGAGUGUAGCUCGGUAGAAACCAAUACUUUGUCGGCAGUGCCGUCCAAGACGCCUCUUGAACAAAAUGAUGAGACUAGUAUUGAUCUCAAGGGUGUGCGUAAUGUUCAUAUAUUCUUCAACAACGAAGAUAAUCCAAUUAGAUUCCAGGAGGUCGACAAUCGUGAACAAGAAGAUGCUGAAAAAGUAAUGCCCAACGACACUGGAACAUCAUGGCACAUCCAAAUAGGGAAGACUCAAGGAGAAAAUCCUGAAGGUGAAUGUAGUCAAGCCGCGGUUGGUCAGGCGAGUCAGUCAGACCCGUCGUUUUUAAAACUACAAAUAAAAACGGCAGAAAUAGUUAUAAAAUUUGGACAAAACGAACCGGUGCCAAAUGAAAACGAGUUGGACUCAAAAAAUGUCAAUAUUCAAAUUGAAGAAACAAAAUCUAAAAGCGAUAUACCUGACACUACAACAACAAACCCUGUUCAGAUUAGACUGGAUUUUGCACGCGACAAAACGUAUGAAGAAAUGGAAGAAGGCCAUGGAUCACCUUCCCAGUCGCCGUUACUGUCAUCAAGACGACUCUCUAGCUAUAGAGGAGAUAAAUAAUAGUUAAAAUAUAGACAUUUUUCAUAAGCUGAUCUGUGAUUGAACAGAAAAUUAUACGUUGUUUUUAAAACACAUUUUUCCCCUUUAGUUGAAAUUUUUAGACGCAUUUAUCAUAUUUGUAUAAAUAUGUGUUUUGGACUUUGGACAUCAAUAUUAGAUAUUUGUUUGUAUUUAAAUAUUAUAAUACAUGUUAGAAUUUGCAUAUUUAUUUAUAUUUAGGAGCUCAAUAUUGAUUAUAUGUUUUUUUAUAGGUUAUUUUUUUUUUUAAUUAUUAAUACAUUUUACGUUUUUGUAAUUUUCGACCCGGUAAAGACUGAGUUACUAAUAUUGUGAUUUUGAUAAUAUUAUAUGUAAACAAAAUUUUUUUUUUUUUUUGUACAAUUUUUGUUUAGCUACUUUUUUUUGUUAAUUACUAACCUUGACAAAUUUUACAUGUAUUAUGUAUAUAGUAUAUCUGUGUAUACACUAUAGUUAAUAAGAUGUAAUGUUAAACUCGACUAGUGAGUGAUUAAAGUGUCAUAAUUUUCAUUUUUUUAAAUUAUUAUUUAAACACCAUUUCUUGAAUUCACAAGAUC